CUUCCAGAUCCGGUCAAAACAAAACAGGAGACAUGGAUGCUUUAGAAGAAAUAAAACGUCUAGAAUAUUUAUCUUUGGUUUCUAAAGUGUGCACGGAGCUGGAGAAUCAUCUGGGAAUCAGCGAGAAGGAUCUGGCUGAAUUUAUCAUCAACUUGGCAGACAAACACCCAACAUUAGAGGGAUUCAAAGCAGCUCUGUGUGAAAAUGGAGCGGAUUUUACAGAUACCUUGAUUGGUAAUCUACUAAGACUUAUUCAUACUAUGCGGUCCGCACCGUCUACAAGUUCAGGUCAUCAGUCACAGGACAAGCCACGCAGUCAGAAGGACAAGCUGAAAGAUAAAUAUCCUGCUCUAUGUAAACCAGAUGAUCCUGUGUGGGUGGUUCCUCCGCGCCACGCAGAGAAAGAUGACGAGCAGGUCGCAGCAGCAGCCAUGAAGGAGCUUGAGAUGCUUAUGCCAAACUUCUGUGGAACAAGCUCCGAUAAAAGGUCAGAUGGGAAUCCUAAUCGAGACACAGACAGACAACUCACACAUCAGCAAAGUCGUUCUCCGGACAGAGCAGCAAGCCCUCCGCGCAAAAGGAAGCGUCCGUCCCGUUGGAGCGAUCAUCCGCCGAGCCCUCACCGGGACGAAGAGAGCAACAAGAAGGAGGACAGAGACGCCGAGCGCUGCAGAGACAGACUGGUGGACCGACCUCCGCCUGACGAGCCCGUGGUGGGAGACGUCUACAACGGCAAGAUCAGCAGCAUCAUGCAGUUCGGCUGCUUUGUGCAGCUGGAGGGCCUCAGGAAGCGCUGGGAAGGUCUGGUUCACAUCUCAGAGUUACGGAAAGAAGGACGUAUUGCCAACAUGGCCGACGUGGUCACUAAAGGCCAGAAGGUGAAAGUCAAGGUGCUGUCGUUCACCGGAACCAAAGCCAGCCUGAGCAUGAAGGACGUGGACCAGGAGACCGGGGAGGACCUGAACCCCAACCGGAGGAGAAACCUGGACACGGGACCGGCAGACGAGGCCAUGAGGAACCCCGACCGGCCGGCUGAAGCCAGCGUGCUGGAGAUAGAAGAAAACCCAACAGAACGCAAGCGGCUCGCCAAAAUAACUGAUCUGGAAAAAUGGGAAAUAAACCAGAUGAUCGCAGCCAAUGUGCUUCCCAAAGAAGAAUUCCCAGAAUUUGACGAGGCGACGGGAAUCCUUCCCAAAAUAGAUGAUGAUGAAGAUGAAGACAUUGAGAUCGACCUGGUGGAAGAGGAGCCGCCAUUCCUGAGGGGACAGACCAAAUACAGCACGACCAUGAGCCCAGUCAAAAUAGUAAAGAAUCCAGACGGCUCUCUGUCGCAGGCCGCCAUGAUGCAGAGCGCUCUGUCUAAGGAGAGGCGGGAGGUGAAGCAGGCGGCCCGCGCUGCAGAGAUGGACUCCAUCCCGACCGGCCUGCACAAGAACUGGAUCGACCCGAUGCCCGACUAUGAAGGAAGGCAGAUUGCUGCCAACAUGAGAGGCAUCGGAGCGAUGCCGCUCGAUCUGCCGGCAUGGAAGAGAUACGCCUUCGGAGGGAACCAGGUGUCGUACGGCAAGAGGACGGAGCUCUCCAUCCUGCAGCAGAGGGAGAGUCUGCCCAUCUUCAAGCUGAAGGAGCAGCUGGUUCAGGCUGUCCACGACAAUCAGAUCUUGAUUGUAGUCGGAGAAACCGGGUCUGGUAAGACGACGCAGAUCACUCAGUACCUGGCCGAGGCCGGUUACACCGCCAGGGGGAAGAUCGGCUGCACGCAGCCUCGCCGUGUGGCCGCCAUGUCGGUGGCCAAGAGAGUCUCUGAGGAGUACGGCUGCAGACUCGGACAAGAGGUGGGUUACACCAUCCGUUUCGAGGAUUGCACCAGCACUGAGACAGUGAUCAAGUACAUGACCCACGGCAUGCUGCAGAGGGAAUGUUUGCUGGACCCCGACAUGAGCCUCUACUCCCUCAUUAUGCUCGACGAGGCUCACGAGAGAACCAUCCACACUGACGUUCUCUUUGGGCUUCUCAAGAAGACGAUACAGAAACGUAAAGACAUGAAGCUGAUCGUGUCUUCGGCCACGCUGGAUUCUGUCAAGUUCUCUCAGUAUUUCUUUGAAGCUCCCAUCUUCACCAUCCCAGGAAGAACUUUCCCCGUGGAGGUUCUCUACACCAAAGAGCCCGAGACAGACUAUCUGGAUGCCGGCCUCAUCACAGUCAUGCAGAUCCAUCUGACAGAGCCCCCAGGAGACAUCCUGGUGUUUCUGACUGGUCAGGAAGAGAUCGACACGGCCUGUGAGAUCCUGUAUGAGAGGAUGAAGUCUCUGGGGCCUGCUGUUCCUGAACUGAUCAUCCUGCCGGUUUAUUCUGCCCUACCCAGCGAGAUGCAGACCAGGAUCUUUGACCCUGCACCUCCAGGCAGCAGAAAGGUCAUCAUUGCCACAAACAUCGCUGAGACGUCUCUCACUAUCGAUGGGAUCUACUACGUGGUGGACCCCGGCUUUGUUAAACAGAUCGUGUAUAACUCCAAGACGGGAAUCGACCAGCUGGUGGUGACUCCCAUCUCACAGGCCCAGGCCAAGCAGCGGGCGGGUCGAGCCGGCAGGACGGGCCCGGGGAAGUGUUACAGACUCUACACUGAGAGAGCCUACAGAGAUGAGAUGCUGACCACCAACGUGCCGGAGAUCCAGAGGACCAACUUGGCCAGCACCGUGCUGUCUCUGAAGGCCAUGGGCAUCAAUGACCUCCUGGCAUUUGACUUCAUGGACGCUCCUCCCAUGGAGACUCUGAUCACAGCCAUGGAGCAGCUCUACACGCUGGGAGCUCUGGACGAUGAAGGAUUACUCACACGGCUGGGCAGGAGGAUGGCUGAGUUUCCUCUGGAGCCCAUGCUGUGUAAGAUGUUGAUCAUGUCCGUCCAUCUGGGCUGCAGUGAGGAGAUGCUGACCAUCGUGUCCAUGCUGUCGGUGCAGAACAUCUUUUACAGACCAAAGGACAAACAGGCCCAGGCUGACCAGAGAAAGACAAAGUUCUUCCAGCCUGAGGGAGACCACCUCACCCUGCUGGCGGUCUACAACUCCUGGAAGAACAACAAGUUCUCCAACCCCUGGUGCUUCGAGAACUUCAUCCAGGCUCGCUCCUUAAAGAGAGCACAAGACAUCCGCAAGCAGAUGCUGAGCAUCAUGGACAGGCACAAGCUGGAUGUGGUAUCUUGUGGAAACGCCACGAUGAGGGUCCAGAAAGCGAUCUGCAGCGGUUUCUUCAGGAACUCGGCCAGGAAGCACCCCCAUGACGGGUACCGGACCCUGAUAGACCAGCAGGUGGUGUACCUGCACCCCUCCAGCACGCUCUUCAACCGCCAGCCAGAGUGGCUGGUGUACCACGAGUUAGUGCUGACCACUAAAGAGUACAUGCGGGAGGUGACCACCAUCGACCCUCGCUGGCUGAUCGAGUUCGCUCCGGCCUUCUACAGAGUCGCCGACCCCACACGCCUCAGCAGGAACAAGAGGCAACAGAAACUGGAACCUCUCUACAACCGUUACGAGGAACCCAACGCCUGGAGAAUCUCUCGUGCCUUCAGACGACGCUGAAGAUCUUGUGUUGGAGACUGACUGAGAAAGAGAAAAGACUCUUGACAAACCUUAAUUCUGUAAUUGGAAUGUUGUGAUCAAUGCUGCAUUUUUUUAUCCCUGUUGUACUUCAGAUUUAUAAUUUCUUCAAAUCGCAGUCUUGAUGUAUGUGACCAUUGCAGAUAAAAACUGUAUGCUCUUA